ACCAUAGAUUUAUGUUUAUUAGGGAUCCUUUUUCUCUUUUUGUCCAUUAAACGCAAUAUCUUUUAGGUUUUUUCUUAAUGUAAAUUUAUAUUUCUGGACAGUUUUGAUUGAUUAAUUAGGUUAUGCUUUCUUGUAUCGUAAAGACGUCUAGAAUAAUUAAGGAGCUUGAAAAAUUAGGUCUUUAUGCAUUUGACUUCCUUCUGUCUGAGGAGAAGUCAGUCUUAGAGUUUCUUUAAGUGGGACUUGUUAAUUCGAUAGGGUUUGGUUGGAUUACUUUGGUUGGUAAAUGUAAAGGAAGGGUACUCAAAUUUGGUCUAUGCAGGAAGUUAAUCCACGUAUGAAUUCAGGAUCAAAACCCGAAGGCAGUGAUAUGGAUGCUCGGGUGCAAGCUUUGUGGGAGCAAAUGAAUAAAGGGUUACCUAAUAAGAGUGUGAAACCAGUUACAAAGACGUCUAAAAGUUCAACUAUGAGCACUACUUCACAAAAAGCUAAUGAUAAUUGGAUGACAUAUUUGGGUCUGGCACCAAAGAAGAGAGGAUACCUUGAACAAGGUGACCAACAAAAAGGAGCAAGUAGCUCACAGAAUGGCGCCAGCAAUGAGGACAGGGGAUUAUCAAAUAAGAUGCUUUCAAAACAGUCUUGUUCAUCUUCUGAUAGAACUUCACAGAAGACAUCUGAUAAUUGGAUGGCUUAUCUGGGCUUGGCAACUAAGAAAACAGAAAGCACUGGGCAUUAUGCAUUGCAAAGGGAUUCUGAUGUGCAAAAUGCUACCAAUGACGAGACCAGAAAGCUAGCUGUUGCUGCUCUCUCAGCAGUUAAGGAUUCUGCAGUUGCUGCAGCAGGCAGGGGUAAAGUUGAGAUCACAGAGGUUAGGGACUUCGCUGGUCAGGAAAUUGAAGUUAAAAAGCUUGUUGAUGCAGAAUCAAAAGAGGCUAGAGCGUCUUCAACAUCUGCUGUAGAUGCUGUUCUAGAACAAAUUAAGAAGAAGGCUAAGCUCAGUGUGCUUGACAAGACGAAGAAGGACUGGGGAGAAUUUAAGGAAGAGAACAGGGGGCUGGAAGACGAGUUAGAUGCCUAUAAGAAGAGCUCAAACCAGUAUCUUGACAAGGUUUCCUUCUUGCAACGAACAGAUUACCGAGAAUUUGAGAGGGAGAGAGAUGCACGGUUGGCUCAACAGGCCAGGAGGAGGACAGAUAUGCGAGAGGAUGAUCUCUAAGUUCACAACACUGACAUCUAUCCCUGCUCUCGCAAAUUCGCAAUGUGAAUGCAGAAAUCAGGAGAUAAACCUGGGGUUUUCUUACAAUGUAGUGAAGAACCUCUUCUUCAUAGGGGACGAUUUGUUUAUGGGCUGAUAAUGUAUUGGUGUACCUUUGCAAGUCGCAAAUGAUCUUGGAACUUCGAUGUAACCGUAUGGCAGGGUAAAGAGGGAGAAAGUCUGCACUUUUCAAUUUGUCAUCGAGUAGUUUUGAGGCCCCUUAUUUUUGGAUAUAAUAGCAACUUUUUGACAGCA